CUUUUCACGACACACUGCGUCCCCUCGCUAACGUCUGACGUCACGCCGUCGCCACGCAGACGCAUCAAACAUGGCUGCUCCCUACAAGCCUGGACGUUUUUAACAAUUUUAGAUAAUUUACCCAAAUACCUAAACGAUGGAGCAUAUGGUGCUAUUGGAUCAGAAAAAGGAGGUGGAGGAGGAAGAGCGAGAAGAAAAAGAAGAUAAUGAAGGCAGUAAGGUAGAAGAGGACAAAGCUGAGAAAUCUGAAGAUCAUGAUGACAGUAAGGUAAAAGAGGACAACGUUGAGAAAUAUGGCCAUGAUGGUGGCGGUGAAGAAGAUGACAGAGCUAAAGAAGAAAAAGAAGAAGAAGAUGAUGAUGAUGAUGAUGAUGAUGAUGAUAGAAGUAAUCACAGCCAGGAGAGCAAUGAAGAAGACCAAGAUGAAAACACACAGGUUGUAGACAAACCUGAGAAAACUAUUAACUUACCUGUUUCGCCUAAAGAGAACAAGGAGAGUGAUGUUCUCAACCUUAACAAUGAGGUAGUAAAAAUGAGAAAGGAAGUGAAGAGGGUGAGGGCUUUGAUCAUAAGGAAGCUGACACGCAAGAUUGGUGCCUUGAAGAAGAAGAAAGGGAAAGACAGGGAAGUUGAAAGAAAUCAAAAGAGAGCUGAUCGACUACUGGAGGAGAUUCAUGCUAUGAAGAAUGCUGCACCUGACCUGGUGACCAAGAUGGCGUUGCAGAAACGCCUUAUUUUUGAACAGGUGUGUAAAAACCCAAAAUCCACCAUUACGGAGCGGGCCAUAGCACGCAUCGCCAGCCAUCCUCAGUUCGACAAGAAGAUCUUGGCCAUCAAAACUGCAGUCAGAGCCUUUAAACAGGAGCGGAUGAAUCCGAAAGUGGAAAAGAAAGUGAAAGGCCAGAUUGUAAAGGUGAACCCACAGUCACUAGCCAGAGGGGGAGAGAGUGACAAAGAGGAGGAAGAAAGCACAGAAGAGCAAUGGGAAAAGACAUUCAAAAAGAACGAAGAUGGUGUGCUUAAGAGCGCUGAAGGGGCAACUGUUGCUAAACCUGAAACACAACCAAUGAAAGCUGCUGCAAAGAAAGAAACUGCUGAUGUUCCAAAGAAAGAAACGCCAUCUUCUGGAAGUGUAAAAAAAAUUCCAGCUAAAAGCAGUACAGUAAAGAAGCUUGUAAAAGAAAAACCUUCCAGUAAACAGAGUGAAAAAAAGCCUUCAGCGCCCCAGAGAACAAAAAAUGAGGAAGACAGUGAUUCUGAGAUGUCGGAUGAUGAAGAGAAAGAAUACUUUGACGACAGCACAGAGGAACGUUUUCACAAACAGUCCUCCCAGUCAGAGGAGAGUGAUGAUGAUGAUGGCUUUUUUGUAGGAAAAGUGAGAAAAUUCAAAAAGAACAAGAAGAAUACGGAGCAGGAAAGUGGAUUAGGGGAAAAGAAGCAGCAUGAGGUGAAAAACGAUUCGGCUAAUAAGGUUCAGACCGAGCUUGAUGAUUUGGAGGCCAGGCUUAAAUCUAAAGUCUCGAUGCAGUCUGUUUUUUGUUCCACUCUGUCUAGCCCUGUGCAAAAUAAGGGAAGAGGUGCAGGCAGAGGGAGAGGUUGGGGUAAGUUUAGGGGCCAAGCAACAAUGAAGGGUGGUCCAAAUAGAGAUUUUAGUAGGGAAUCUAAGUUCCCAAAGCAAGAAAGGGGAACCGAAAGAAAUUCAGGCUUCAAGUAUAGUAAGCCUGAAGGUAGUCGAUCUGAGCCCGAAAGGGGCUUUGACUCUUUUGGCAGAGGCAGAGGUCGAGGCAGAGGCGAUGCUGUCAGUCACAAGGAUCACGGGGGUCGAGGUGGAUUUACCCAACAGGCACCAAAGCAGGCGUUGCACCCGUCGUGGGAGGCCAGUAAGAAAAGGAGGGAGCAGCAAGGACAGAUCCAGGCUUUCCAGGGCAAGAAGAUCAAGUUUGAUGAUGAUGAUUAAACCUAGUUUUUGUCUGCUUGUAAAUGUACUACAUGGUUGAGUAAAUUAUGUGCUAGCACAUUAGUAAAAUGCUCCUGUUGGCUGGUCAACAGCAAACAUUUUUUUUCAUAAAACAAUAGAAAUUU